AUGUCCGACCCCAUCGCCGACGCCGCGCAAAAGCACCCUGCGCCUGAAGGUCUUUUGUAUACGUAUGGAACUGCUGGUUUCAGGACAAAAGCAGAUGUUCUCGACUCGGUCUUGACCCGUGUUGGUCUCAUUGCGGCUCUCCGUUCGCGAGCGCUCAAGGGAAAAUGGAUCGGAGUGAUGAUUACAGCGUCGCACAACCCUCCUCAGGACAAUGGUGUGAAGCUUGUUGAGCCAAUGGGUAAUAUGUUGCAAGAAGAGUGGGAAGUCAUCAGCACAGUCAUGGCCAACAAAGCCACACCCGAAGACGUAUCAAAAUACUACCACGACAUCGCAACCCAACACAAGAUCGACCUCAAUACACCCGCUCGCGUUGUUGUAGCUCGCGAUACAAGAGCUUCCGGCUCGAGGCUACUCGGAUGCCUUGUUGAUGGCCUUAACGGCGCUGGUGCCGAAACCAAGGAUUACGGCUUCCUGACUACACCACAACUACACUACAUGGUACGGUGCUUGAACACCGAAAACACAAAGGACGCAUAUGGCACGCCUACGGAGAAGGGCUACUAUGAAAAAUUUAGCGCUGCCUUCAAGACGGCGCUGCGUGGAAAGAAGCCUGCGGGUGGUUUGACAGUCGAUUGCGCCAACGGUGUCGGUGGACCAAAGUUGAACGAGCUGAUCAAGUACCUCCCGUCCAAGGAUGAAGGCGGUCUCGAGAUCUCCGUCAUCAACGACAACGUCAUCAAGCCUGAGAGCCUGAAUGUCGACUGCGGUGCAGACUACGUCAAGACCAACCAACGAGCCCCUCCAUCAUCCAAAGCCGGCCCUGGCGACCGAUGCUGCUCACUCGACGGUGACGCAGACCGCGUGGUAUACUACUUCAAGGACGAGAAGAACGUAUUCCGCCUCCUCGACGGUGACCGCAUCGCCACCCUCGUAGCCUCCUUCCUAGGCGACACAGUCCGUCAAAGCGGCCUCGCAGACAAGCUUAAGAUCGGCGUCGUCCAAACUGCCUACGCCAACGGCGCCGCCACAAAGUACGUCGAAGAGAACCUUAAAUUGAAGGUGGACUGCACACCCACGGGCGUCAAGUACCUGCACCACGCAGCCGAGAAACUGGACAUUGGCGUCUACUUUGAAGCGAAUGGUCACGGCACUGUCAUCUUCUCACAUGACACGCUUGAUACUAUUGACAAGCACGAACCGCGUAACCCGGGCGAGAAGGAGGCUCUUGACGUGCUGCGCGCGUGCAUCAACCUCAUCAACCAAUCCGUCGGCGAUGCCCUCUCCGACUUCUUGCUCGUCGAAGUCGUGCUCGCGCACAAACACUGGGGGCCGCAGGAGUGGCUGAGUACAUAUAGUGACCUGCCCAACCGCCUCCUCAAAGUCCUUGUAUCGGACCGGACGGUCUUCAAGACUACGGAUGCGGAGCGCAAAUUGACUAGCCCGGAGGGACUACAGGCGCAGAUUGAUAAGGAAGUACAAAAAGUAUCCCAAGAUUCAGUCCUUAUCGCUAUUGGCACUUCUUUUGGCAUCACAGCCGCCAUCUUCGUCCUUUUCCUCGUCCUACGUCCUUUUAAUACUAUCGUUUACGCGCCUCGUCUCCGACACACCGACGAGAAACACCGGCCGCCCCCUCUGGAUAAGUCUCUGUUUGCUUGGUACAAACCCGUGUUUAAGACGAAUGAACCCGAGUAUGUUGAGAAGAUUGGGUUGGAUGCGACCAUCUUCCUGCGCUUUGCGCGCAUGUGCAGGAACAUGUUUAUUGUACUCGCCAUUGUGGCUUGUGCUAUCAUAGUCCCAGUCAACGUUAUCAAGUCGGUGGAGUUUCAGAAGAACUUUGAUGGAGAUUUGUCCGGCAAAGUCAUCUUCCUGAUGACGCCUAGGGAUCUGUUCGGUCAGGUUUUCUGGGCUUUCGUCGUGCUAGCAUACAUUAUCGAUAUCGUCGUCUGUGGAUUCCUGUGGUGGAUGUACCGCGCUGUACACCGGCUGAGACGCCAGUACCUGGAGCACCCGGAUUACCAGAACAGUCUCUAUGCGCGGACGCUGAUGAUUACGGACAUCAACCGCAGCUUUCGUAGCGACCAGGGUAUUGUGGAAGUUACGGACAGCUUGAAGACUACGCCGGAGGUGCCUCGCGCAUCUAUCGGUCGCAACGUGAAGGAUAUCCCCGAUCUUAUUGAAGCCCAUGAAGAGGCCGUCAUUGAACUGGAGAAGAUCCUGGCGAAAUACCUAAAGAACCCGAACAAGCUACCAGCCGAACGACCGCUGUGUACACCUUCGAAGAAAGAUCCAGAGUUUACCGACAAGACCCAAAAGGUGGAUGCGAUUGAUUAUUUGACAGCGCGCAUCCAGCGCCUGGAAAACAAGAUCAAAGAGAUCCGGGAAACGGUUGACAAGCGCGAUGCUCUAUCCUACGGAUUCGCCAGCUACGAAACUAUCGAUUCCGCGCACAUGGUCGCGUUCGCAGCCCGCAGCAAGCACGUCAAAGGCACCACCGUUCGACUCGCUCCCAAGCCCAAAGACAUCAUCUGGAAGAACCUCACCCUAGACCCCAAAACGCGUCGCUGGAGGAGGAUCGUAAACAAUUUCUGGAUCACGCUACUCACACUCCUCUACUUCAUCCCCAACGCCCUCAUCGCCGUCUUCCUCUCCAAGCUCUCCAACCUUGGUUUCGUAUGGCCAGAAUUCCAAACCGAGCUAGCGAAACAUUCUGAUUUCUGGGCCGUAGUCCAGGGUCUCGCUGCUCCGGCGUUGACCUCACUUUUCUACUACUUCCUUCCCAUCAUUUUUCGGCGACUCUCGAUUAAAGCUGGAGAUCAGACCAAAACGUCUCGCGAAAGGCAUGUGACGGCGCAGUUGUACGCCUUCUUCGUCUUCAACAACCUGUUUGUGUUUUCGCUGUUCAGCGCCGUCUUCGGCAUGAUUGUCAUGAUUGUCAACCUCGCAGCCGAACAACACGUUCCCUUUAUGGAUAUUCUGCGUCAAAUCGCCUUUUUCGACACUACGAUGCGUACGCUGUGUGAAGUGUCUCCCUUUUGGGUUACCUGGCUCGUUCAACGUAACCUGGGUGCUGCGAUCGAUCUUGCACAAGCUGUCAACCUCGCCUGGGGCAGUUUCUCGCGCAAGUUUUUGAAUCCGACCCCGCGAGAGUUGAUCAGCAGGACUGCGCCGCCGCCUUUCGAUUACGCGAGUUAUUAUAAUUACUUUUUGUUUUACUCGACGGUGGCGCUCUGUUUUGCGCCUUUGCAGCCGAUUACCUUGGUUAUUGUUGCCAUUUACUUUACAUUGGAUAGUUGGAUGAAGAAGUAUCUUUUGAUGUACGUUUUCUGCACGAAGAACGAAUCCGGCGGCGCCUUCUGGCGCAUCCUCUUCAACCGCAUGCUCGUCGGUACUUUCCUAUCUAACUGCAUCGUCGCUCUACUCGUCGUCGCCCGUGGCUAUGAACAUAAAUGGACGAUGCUAGGUGCCAUGGCGCCUCUCCCUCUCGGACUCAUUGCGUUUAAGCUCUACUGCAAGAACACAUUUGAUCACUCGCUCAAGUACUAUACCCAGGGUACCAGGGCGAAGGGGACAGAGGCCCCGACACCGAUCGACAAAGAAUCCCGCCGCAGAGACCGUGUCGCUGUGAGGUUUGGCCAUCCGGCUCUUUACCAGAAACUCACAGUGCCGAUGGUGCAUGAGAAGAGUAAACAUCUCCUGGCGGAGAUUUACCGUGGACGACUGGAUGGCGAUAUCGGCGACAGCGCGGCCUUUAGCGAUAUCUACAUGAAACGUAUGUCCAAGGAGCAUCCAGGGAAAAUGGCGACGUCAACCAGCACUGGUGCUGCACCCGCUCCUUUCGAAUUCGUAUCGGAAUCCAACAUGGACUUUGAAAAUUAUAAAAAUAGACCCGAGUUCAGCGAUGAACAUGGUGGCGAAGGGAGUGUAUAUGGGGGGAGCACUGUUGGUGGCGAGGGGAGACCGGAUACGCCUGGAAGUCACUGGGGCCGCGAUUCCGAUCGGGGUCGUCCCUCGAGCCGGGACUCGGAGCGAACCAUGGGGAAUGGGGAAGAUCCGGGGGUGCUUUAUCCCCAUGGGUAUCAUCAGACGCCGUCUGCGUUGAGGGAGUAUAGUCCCAGUCCGAGUUUGGAUCUAAGGGGUGUGGAUAGUAGGGAGAGUCCGUAUGAGAUCGGAGGCGAUCAGGGAAGGUUAGUGUCUGGGGCUGCACCUAUGGGCGCGACUCAGCAGUAUACACCGUACAGUCCUAGUAGGGAUGGAACUGGAGCGAGAGAUUAUUUCGGACGGUAG